AGUUUCUGGUCUCGGGUUCAGGCUCGGGCCCUUUAGGUCGGGCGGUGAAUCCCUCUACCCUUCUCUUUCUCCUGAAGCCCGGCUCCUGGGGCCGGCCCAGAAACUGGCCAACUAAGCGGGAGGCCCCGAAGCGCCGCUUGAGUCGCGUCUCCCGCAGGUCCUCUCUUCCGGGGCUGCCUCCUACCCUUUGCCUGGGUUACGCUGACCUGUCGCUCCCGACGGUCCGUCCUUUCCCGCCCUCUCCUCGCUUUUGCUCAGGCCUCCAACGCCACCGUCGCACCCCUUCCCUUGGCUGUCACACUGCUUGUGAAGUUUAGAUGAAUAUGGAAUUUGCUCUCCCCCUUCCAGCGGGAUUCUCUGGUCCUCAAACUCUCCUCACUCUUGGUCACUCCCUCUGCGGUGACUACCUGUUUAAGCUGCUUUUGAUUGGCGACUCAGGCGUGGGCAAGUCAUGCCUGCUCCUGCGGUUUGCUGAUGACACGUACACAGAGAGCUACAUCAGCACCAUCGGGGUGGACUUCAAGAUCCGAACCAUCGAGCUGGAUGGCAAAACUAUCAAACUUCAGAUCUGGGACACAGCGGGCCAGGAACGGUUCCGGACCAUCACUUCCAGCUACUACCGGGGGGCUCAUGGCAUCAUCGUGGUGUAUGACGUCACUGACCAGUUUACAGAACCUGGCCCAGCCCUUAGAUUGCCUCUGAUGCUCAGAAGAGGUCUGUGUUAUGUUCCCAUCGCACAGGAGUCCUAUGCCAACGUGAAGCAGUGGCUGCAGGAGAUUGACCGCUACGCCAGUGAGAACGUUAAUAAGCUCCUGGUGGGCAACAAGAGCGACCUCACCACCAAGAAGGUGGUGGACAACACCACAGCCAAGGAGUUUGCGGACUCUCUGGGCAUCCCCUUCUUGGAGACAAGUGCCAAGAACGCCACCAAUGUCGAGCAGGCGUUCAUGACCAUGGCUGCCGAGAUAAAAAAGCGGAUGGGGCCCGGAGCAGCCUCCGGGGGCGAGCGGCCCAAUCUCAAGAUCGACAGCACCCCUGUAAAGCCGGCUGGCGGUGGCUGUUGCUAGGAGGGGCACAUGGAGUGGGACAGGAGGGGGCACCUUCUCCAGAUGAUGUCCCUGGAGGGGGCAGGAGGUGCCUCCCUCUCCCUCUCCUGGGGCAUUUGAGUCUGUGGCUUUGGGGUGUCCUGGGCUCCCCAUCUCCCUCUGGCCCAUCUGCCUGCUGCCCUGAGCCCCAGUUCUGUCAGAGUCCCUAAGGGAGGACACUCAGGACCUGUGGUCAGGCAGGGCAGGGGCCUGCUCUGCUGCUGCCUCUAGGUGACUUUCCAAGAUGCCCCCCUACACACCUUUCUUUGGAACGAGGGCUCUUCUGUCGGUCUCCCUUCCACCCCCAUGUAUGCUGCACUGGGUUUCUCUCCUUCCCCUUCUUCCCGCUCUCCUUCUGCCCAAGAGCUGAGGUCUCCCCGGCCUCUACUGCCCUGGCCGCAGUCAGUGCCCAGGGCCAGGAGAGUGGCCAGGGGAUCCAGGACCUGGGAUCCAGGGCCCUGGGCUGGACCUCAGGACAGGCAUGGAGACCACAGGGGCCCAGCAGCCCACCCUUUCUUCUCCCCACUGCCUCCUUUCCCCUCCCACACUCCCAGCUCGAGCCGUCCAGCUGCGGUGGGGUCUGAGUAUAUCUAGGACGGGUGGGUGGGUAGCCGCAUUGGGCUUGUGUCUUGAGCCUGGAGGGAGUCUGCUCCUGCCGCCCUCUGCCCUUCCAGAGACAGACCCAUGCGAUGCCUGCCCAGUGUGCCCCUUUGUCCCCACGUCAGGCAGAGGCGGAAGGCCCACCGUGCCAGAGGCUGGGCACCAGCCUUAACCCUCUGCUAGCACCUCCUCCCCUUCCCUGAGGCAGCACAUCUGGCUCACUCUCCCCUGGGUCUCUGGAGCCCACCAGGGAAGGCCCUCAUCCCCUGCCCUACUUCUCUGGGGAAUAUGGGUUCCAUCCGGGGUUGGGGGCCUCUCUGCUCAUCCACUCUGCACCCAGGAUCCUAGUCCCCUGCCCUCUGGCACAGCUGCUUCCUGCAGGAAAGCAAGUCUUUGGUCUCCCUGAGCAGCCAUGUCCCUCGUGCUGUCUCUUGCCUGUCCCACCUGUGCCCUGCCCUCCAGCUUGUAUUUAAGUCCCUGGGCUGCCCCUUGGGGUGCCCCCCAGCUCCCAGGUUCCCCUCUGGUGUCAUGUCAGGCAUUUUGCAAGGAAAAGCCACUUGGGGAAAGAUGGAAAAGGACAAAAAAAUUAAUAAAUUUCCAUUGGCCCUCGGGUGAGCUGAGGGUUUUUGCAAGGAA